AUGUGGUCAGAACUAAUCUGGAUGACUAGAUUUUUUCUUUUAAAUGAAAAAAGCCAAGAGCAUUCUACAAAGUUCCAAGGCUUGGACGCUCAACGAUUUAUUGGGAGAUUCUUGGAAUCUGCAUCAAAGAGGUUACCAGAAGAGGAACUAAUGCUUGAUCCAUUUCUUGCACUUGGAGACCGUGAUGAUAAGCCAAAGUCGAAAAAUGAAAUUCAAAAACCUUUUCUGAAUGACAAUAUUAAACUCGAGGAUCUGCAGUUGAACGAGGAUUUACUAAGGACUAACCCGACAAUUACAGGGAAGCUGAACCCUGAGGACGAGACAAUUUUUGCCUACCCCAUGUUCCUAAAUUUUCGGCCUCCUUUUAAUCUUUGUAUCCUGUGA